AUGACCAUGGAAAAGGUGCUGCAGCAGCGGUCGGCUGUGUACGACCGCAAGAUCAAUGUCGCUUCACCGAUGGGCCAGAUUGGAGCUGCCGGCAGUAACAUCAAUAUCGAAGCUCUUUGCGACCUCAUCAGAUCAGUGGUACGCGACGAGCUACAAAGGCUUCACUGCCCGCUUCAACCUCCUGCUACAGGAUCCAUCUCCAGCCUCAUAAGGAGCGAAGUACAGCAGGCUCUGCAAGUCCCGCUUUCCAGCGACGUUACCUCGCCCGUGCCGACUGAGUCCCGACGUGCAUCGUACGCCGAGGGUGUGAGCCGGUACAUUCCUGCCCCACCACGCUUUCCGUUCGCCGUCACCGCAGCGCCGUCAGUCCCGUUCGCCUACAUCUCGGCGUCCCCCGUCCCCAUCCUACUCAGGCCGCUUCUCGGGAAACUAACCAAUGCAGCCCCUGGAGAGGCAAACUCAACCACAUUCCACGCUCACGACGCCAUCGCUCGAGCGGCGACGGCACGUCGCGUUGCCCGUGAUCGACUCCUGGCGUCUCAGGCCGACCAAAAGCGCCUGUACGACAGUCACCAUCGGGACGUGCGUUUCAGCCCUGGCUCCCUGGUCUUGCUCUGGCUGCCUUCGCGUCGCGUCGGCCUGAGUGAAAAACUGCUGCCGCGCUACGCUGGACCUUACCGAGUUCUUCGCCAAGUAACCGAAGUCACCUACGAGAUCUCGCCACUCACCCCCAAGCCUUCGUCCCCCUCACCAGCUACUGAGACUGUGCAUGUUUCCCGACUAAAACCCUACAUCACGUACACCGACCCGACGCACCGAGACGGCUUCAUUGGUGGCGGCAUGGCUGGCGGCAUCAUGCGUGCCCCAACAGGUGGAAUGGCUGGCGGCAUCAUGCGUGUCCCAAUAGGUGGAAUGGCUGGUGGCAUCAUGGGUGCCCCAAUAGGUGGAAUGGCUGGUGGCAUCAUGGGUGCCCCAAUAGGUGGAAUGGCCGGUGGCAUCAUUGGUGGCCCAAUAGGUGGUAUAGCUGGUGGCAUGAUGGGUGGCCAAAUAGGUGGAAUGACUGGUGGCAUCGUGGGUGGCCCAAUAGGUGCAAUGGGUGGUGGAUUUCCCGGUGGUAUGAUUGGCGCCACAAAGACAUUUGGAUACUCGAACCCCUUGCAAAUGACACCUCAGUGGAAUAACUUCCCUAUGCAACAGCAGCUGCUUGGAUGA